CUAAUUUUAUUCGUGCAUUUAGGUUACUUGGACUUACUCGCACAACUGACUCAAGUAGGCACAGUCAGUCAGUGUGACUUUCAGAAAAAAUUUGCACGGAUGAUGGCUUGCCCUGAAACAUAUUUCAUCUUGGUGAUUGAAGAUGUGGCUACAAAAUCAAUUGUUGCAAGUGCAACACUUUUGGUGGAACAGAAAUUUAUUCACGAAUGCUCUAAGCGUGGCCACAUUGAGGACGUGAUUGUUGAUUCCGCUUACCGUGGUCGAGGGUUAGGUAAAUGCCUCAUUGAAGCUUUGGUUCGAAUGGGCAAGCACUUGGGAUGUUACAAAAUCACACUGGAUUGCCGAGAUGAUAAAGUUGGUUUUUACCAGAAGAUCGGAUUCAACGUUCAGAACAAUAUGAUGUACGUGCGAUUUGACGGUCGAUGA